GUCGUCCCUUCCGUUUAUUAUUGCUUGAUGGUUGCUGAAAAGAUUUCUUUAUUCAUCUCUUUGAAAACUUUUCGUUGUUAUUGAAUUCAUCGUUGGGCUGCUAAUAACAAGAGUUCGGCCAGUUCUUCAAAGAUCCCACUGAUAUAUUCAUGCAUAUUCAGACGUACUUUUAAUUGCCACAGCAAAAUAUUAAUUGGGUGGCUGUGUGUAAUUAAUUGUUCAGUGCUCUUCUGAUAUUAAUUAAGCAGGUUAAAAGUAGGAAACUUUAUAAUCCAGUUUUUGACUUGCGAUUAUUUAUUUUCGGAACUAUGAAGAAUAAAACUUUAAGAAAUUAUAAAGACUCAUCACGGACACGAAGAAAACAGUUGUGUGACCACAGUUCUUGAAAUCACUUAAAAGAUUCAGUGAUUGUACACAAAUAAGGAUUUCUCUCAAACAAUCACAUUUCGUUUUUUAAUAAUUACAAACUUUUUAUAACAUUUUACGAACUCACCCUCACCUCACAACCUCCCCACAGUAACAAAUCAUACACCCAAACAUUCAUAUAUAUAUAUAUAUUUAUAUAUAUAUAUAUAUAAAUAUAUAUAUAUGUAUAUAUACAUGUGUGAAUGAGGUGUCUACUUGAUUCAUAAUUUUUCCUGGCCAAAAAAAAACGAGGAUCAAGAAUUCAAAAUGGAUCUAAUAUGUUGUGAAACUGAUACACUAAGAAGAGCUUACGAAGAUCCAAACCUAAUUGAUGAUGACCGUGUUUUACAGAAUCUCCUCAGCACCGAAGAAAGAUAUCAGCCAUCAGCAAACUACUUUACAUGUGUUCAGGACGACUUAAAGCCACACAUGAGAGUCAUGGUAGCCCAAUGGAUGUUGGAGGUUUGUGGUGAAUUGAGUUGUGAAGAAGAAGUAUUUCCUCUCUCUAUGAAUUAUCUGGACCGAUUUCUUUGUGUUCACACAAUUAAGCGAAAUCAGUUACAGCUUCUAGGUUCAGCUUGUAUGUUCCUCUCAUCCAAGAUGAUGCAGACAAUUCCUUUAGCUGCAGAGAAACUAGUGAUGUAUACAGACCACUCUAUUACCUUGGAGAGCCUUCUGGCUAUGGAGCUUCAUUUACUGUGUGUUUUGAAGUGGGACUUGAUGGCUAUUACACCAAAUGAUUUUAUUGAACUUAUUUUAAGACGUCUUCCCAUAGAUUCAUUGAGAAUAAAUAUCAUUAAAAAACAUGCACAUACAUUUAUAGCAAUGUGUUAUACAGAUUGCAAAUUCAUGACGUACACCCCAUCAACCAUUGCUGUUGGAUGUAUUGGCGCAGCUAUGCAAGGUCUCACUAAUACACCAAUGGUGAACUUUAAUUUACUUCAGAGGCUACAUGAAAUCACACAUAUUGAAUUAGACUAUUUGCGAGCUUGUCAAGAUCAGAUUGAACAGAAGGUUGCAUAUAAUUUGUCUAAUCUGAAUAUUCAAGAGGUUGAUAUUGCAUCUAAAAAUCACACUGUUAAAGAACACCCCACAACUCCAACAGGUGUAAAUGACAUAAAUUUCUGAAGAAUUUUUUUAAGGCAAUACCUUGGUGAUUUUAUUUUAUUUUCAUCUCUAAAAUUAAAAUUUAAAACUGUGUUUUUGACCAAGAGAAAUUUCUUGACAUUGGAUAGAUUUCUUCUGAAAUUCAUCUGAUAUAAACCUACUGGCUGUGAAAACUUUCAUCUUGUAGUUACCUAUAAAGCAAUUCUUUAUAAGGGUUUCCAAACUAUCCCAAAGAAUUGUUGUUAUUAAAAUAUCUAUAUUUUUCAUCAUAUUGAUGAGCAUCACUUCAAGAAAUCUUACAAAAAUGAUGCCUUUUUGUUGUUUGUAAAUUGCCUAUUACAAAACUGAUUGCUUUUAAAUCAAAUAUUGCUAUUUCGUAUGGUUUCUUUGUUAAUUUCUGCUAGAACAUUAUUUAUAAUAGAAUUAAGUUUAUAUUGAAAUACUCUAGCAAUUGUUGUUUCUAAUUUUGUAACUUGAUGAAUUUUAUGCUUAAUCUGAUUCUAAUCUGCACUUUCCAAUAAAGAUUCUUCUCCCAGCAUUUUGAUGCUAAAUACUGACAGGUAGUGUUGUUGCUGAAAAUAUGGAGAUUAAUUUUGGCUUAAUAUUCUAAAUAUUCUGAAAUAGAAAUUGCUUUAGGACCAGAUAUUAGAAACAUAUUACACAUGGCAGAGAAUUGACUGGGGUGUUAGCACUUGAGACAAAAUGUUUUGCAGUAUUUUUGUUCUGACUUUCAGUUCAAGUCCCACCAUGGUUGAUUUUGUGUUUUUGCAGUCAAUAAAACCAGAAGACCUGUCCAGGUCAGUGAAUUGAUUGAAUUGUUAGAACAAGCGACAAAAUGCUUUGCUACAAAAUGUUUUAAUUCUUCGCAGAGUUUCGGGAGAUAAUCUGUUGGUUGGUUUAGCAGGAUUCACUCUGUUGCUGGCAUUCAUGUCAGUUCUCUGAUUUGGAGAUAAAUUACUUCUACCUGUCUUGUAAACCCUGGAAAAAUAAAAGGUUAUGGAUUUUGCCUUUUCCUCCCCAAGCAAUAAAAAAAGCAAUGUAUUAUAUAUAAAUUAUCCUGCAAAAAGCAGUGAAAAUAUUCCACAUGUUUUUCUACAAAAUAAGUAAUAUAAAUUUUUGUACAUAGUAUGGACACACUUGCUAAUUUGUUUGAAGCUCAUUUUUCUACUUGAGUGAAAAGUGUUAAUUUAUGUAAUGAAAUAUUAAUGAUGGGACAGCAGCAAAAAGAUUUAAGUGUUAAUGUCUGUAUAUAGAUAGAAUUAUUUUGGGACUUUUAAUAAUAUUUAUUAUGAUUGACUUAUUUAUUGUUUUAAUACUUCAGACAGUUGUAGACUUUACAGAUUUUUGCACUGUCAUUGUUUGAAACACUCAAGUCACUUGAUGUUACACAUUGUAUUUAAUCCUCAAAAUAACUUGAAAUUGUUUAAAUGGUUGAUCAUUUUGUGCAGCUGUAUGUCUUCAGAAUUCAGUAUGGAAUCAUUGUUACUAAACAAUGAGUCUAAAUUGUACAGAUAACCUGUAUAAUUUUCUUUGUCAUAAAUUUUGGAUUUAGGAUGAGAGGCACUUAAUGAAACAGUAAUUACUCUCAUUAUGUUGGUCCUGCAAUUGUUUUUAUAAUAGUGUUGAUAUUUUCAUAUGCUUUGUUACUUGAUGGAAUUAUUUCAAAUUUAUUGAAAUUUUCCAUCAUUAUCCUUGUCUUUGUAAUGUCAUCUGUACCUCUGGCAUGUGUAAAUUCCAAAGAGGCAAGCAAGUGUUGUUUGUGGACCAAUGUCUGUAAAUACAUCACAUCAUGACCUUCAACAUACAAAUAAAAACUUGUCACUAUAACAGUCGACACGUUUUGAUUUUAUAAUAUAAGCAGUUUGAUUCUUGUUCAACCAUUUGUAUAAAGGGAGAAAAGCAUAUUAAAAAGUAAUUUGUUUCUUAUUCUCCUUUCUCUCAAAAGUAUUAUAAGUAUGAAACUCAAUAUGUUAUAUUGUUUAUACAAGUAAUAAUUCAUACUUCCCAAUAGUUCCAUAUCCAUAGAUAGUCCUGUUUCUGCAUGUUGUGUGGAACAGUUGAUAGUCAAUUAUUCUUAAACUCAAGCUUAUUGCUCUCAAAAAAAGAAAAAAGAAAAAAAAUUCCAACAUUUAAAAUUUACAUUUUAUAUUUUGCCUUAAAUCUACCUCUUGUUUGGAGGCUCCAAAAUACUGUAGUUGGACAUGAUGGCAGGGUCAAAUAAUUAUGCUGAUGAAAUCAGAAUAUCCAACAAUACACAACAUCAUUUAUGAGUAGGGUAAUUUUUUCCUUAGUGAUUUUUACAGUAUUUUCUUUUAAAUUCUUUCUAUACAAUCCAUUAUGAUUUAAAAUUUAAUAGGACAAUAUAUUUUUGCUGACUUUUAAAUAUUAUAGAAAGUCUUUUGCAAAGCUAAAAAUUGAUAUCUUAGUAUGGCAUGUAUCUAAUUUUCUGCACUCUGUAUCACCAUUGUACAUUAAAUAUGCAAAUUUUAGAAUAUUUUUUAAAAACUUUGCAGAUAUGUCUAGAUUUUCAAGUACUAAUAUUCUCAUUUACAAUAUUAAUUACUUUAUGACUUGUUUAAUCUAAGUCCUUUAAAAGAAAACUUUGUAAAAUAACAAGAAUGGUGAGUUUAUUUUAAUGAGUUGAAUAUAUGUCAGUAUAUUAAUAGGUUUACAGUGUAAUUAAAAUUAUUCUAAGAUAGUUAAUUUUCAUUUGUUUAAAGACUAGAGAACUUAAUAGUGUUAAAUCCAUGGUUGUAUCUCACUAAGCUGCAAAUGUUUUUGCUAUUUCCAUUUAAAACUCAUUGAAAAUGAAAGGUGUAUAAAGUUUAAAAAUAGUAACACUACAACGAAAAAAGAUCAGUGUUAAUAAUCUUCUAAUUUUUACAUAGUUUACAAAAAUAAUUGUCUAGAAGACAGAUCAAAGAAUGAAAAUAGUUUGUGACAAGUAUUUUGUGUUUUAAACCUUUUCUCAAACAUUUGGUUGCUCAGUGAAAGGUUUCGAAAAUUUUAGAUGCUUAUGCUGUACUUUAUUUUAUGAAGUUGAUUAUACUAUUUCUUAUUCCAUCAUUGAUAUAUAUAUAUAUAUAUAUAUAUCUCAAUCUUAAAACUAUGGUACUCCUGCUCAACAUGUCAGUAGGCAAAAAGAUAUUAAUAAAUGAGGACUGUGAUUAUAAAAGUUUGAUGUCAUUUUUCAAGGCUUAUUUAUUAAUUCAAAAUAUCUACAUUUAUUUUUUCCAACCAAUUCAUAAGCUUCAUUACUAUUUGACUACCAUGUCACAGCUCUGAAGACUUCAUUUCUUUUAUUCACUUGUGCUAAAUUUUUGGCAAUAUUACCUGUCAAUUCCCCUCCAAGUCCAUUUUUUAACCCUUUCAUUACCAACCUGCCCGUCAUCGUAGAAUACCAGAGCACAUCUGUAUUUGCCUAUUUAUAUAUAUAAAUAUCAUUACUACAUUAAUAAUGACAUGAUUUUAAUACAUAAACACUUGUAUAUUGAGAAUUUUCUCUUUUCCAAAUGUUUUUUUAAAAUUUCUAUUAACAUUGUCCUUUCUUUAAAGUAAGUAAAUUUAUUUAAGCAUCAAACUUAUUAGUUGUUCUGAACUAGAAUGAUGGUGGUUUCAGUUUUCAAAUGUGUCAUGUUGGAUGGAAGUAUUUAAAGUAAUGGAUGGAACAAAAACUUCAAAUAUUUCUAUUCAAAAAUUUCAGAAACUAUGCUCAAUCACUCAUUAAUUCUAAUUCAGCCCUUAAACAAAGAAGAAAAAAAAAAAAAGGCAAACUAAAGAAAAUUAAGGCACUUUUGCCACGAAUAUAGUAAUUAACAUUUUUACCUGUAAUUGGAGUAGUCUUGAAACAAAUUCCAUAACAGAUUUAAGGAAGUAUCUUUCUCUGUGCAAAACACCACUUAAAAUUU